AUGGGGAGAAUGGGUAUCCGAUACCGCGAUGAACCAUGCUUUUCGACGACACUGCAGUACUUCGCUAUGUCACGGCUGCUUUUUUGGGUAUUGUCGACCAUUGGGUUUUGGGCGAAUUUUUGGUGUUGCCGAACGAUACUGCUGUAUCCCGAGAAUACUGUGUUUCAGUUUACUCUGGGUAUCUCGAUGCCGAUAGUGAUGACGAAAAGGGGUGGCAUUUCCUUCUCUUCGGGAUUUCAACUCAACUACGUUCUACCCUGGAACUUGUCGCAGUUCGAACCGACGAUAAUUCCUGCGAGACACAUCAGAGAUCUCAAUUUGCAGGAAACUUACGUCACCAUUGAGAAUCUCUUGGACGAACACGGCUGGCGGGAUGGCAGGCAGUGCCUUUUGAGAACUAUCUGCGAGCUCGCGGAGACGCCGCUUCGCAGGACUCAGCAGGACGUCCUAGGGGAAGUGAUCCACCUAAUUUUAACGCCUACGGAGGACUUGCCGGUAGCGAUUAAUUCCAAUCACCGGAGCGCCAACAAAUUGUAUCAGGAAGCCGAACGAUUGGGUAGGUCUGGCGGCGAUUGCAUCCUUAUGUAUCCCGACUGUAUCGAGUCGCCGUUGGAAUCAUUUACAGAAAUUGUGUUCCCUUAA